UCUAAAUCACACCACGAUAGGCUGCUAACCACUCCCACUCCCCCGCCCUUGACACCCCUGUUUGGAAAGAUACAGAGUUGGCACACUUCAUGAUCUUCACUACACCACUUUUACCUUCCCUGUCAUCAACAACAGCCAUCAAAGUAAGUAGAGGACACAUCACUCCACAGAGAUGGCACAAAGGAAUAAUCAAGAUGUGAACAGAAAAAGAGUGCAUUCCACCUCUGAUGAGGAACAUUCAGAAGCAAAGAGGCAGCUGGCACUUACUGGGAUGUCCGAGGCAGAGAAGAUAAUGAAAGAUGUUGUACGCAAAAUAGAGGAUGGUGCCAAUAAGCCUACUGACUUCCUUUGCUUAAUCACGUCUGUAAUUGAACAAAUGGGAACCAUCCCCAAGAAGACCAAAGUGGGAGUGUUUGGUCGAUCAGGUGACGGGAAGAGCUACCUGAUUAACACCAUCCUGGGAGAGAGAUUGCUGCCCUCUGGAACAGGAAAAGCCUGCACCUCUGUGAUUAUUCAAGUGGAGGCCAAUACACAAGACUCCAACUUCAUAGCGGAGAUCGAAUUCAUCUCUCAAGAGGACUGGAUGGAAGAGCUGAAACACCUCCAUCUCAUUCUUCAUGAGGACCACACUGAAGGGGAUCCCACAGCGCUGGAGAGUGCAAGUGAAAAAAUCAGUGCUGUCUAUGGAGAAGAUGGAACUAAGAAAACCCUAGAGGAACUGGAAUCAGACAAUACCUUAUCAGCACUAAUCCCAGAGUUUCUGUCUUCAACAAAGAAAAUUGAGUCUCAUCAAACAGCCAAUAAUCUUGCGCAAGUAAUCCGUGACUAUGUAAGAUCAGGCCAGCCAAACUCCUCAGGACGAAUCUACUGGCCUCUCGUAAAGUCUGUGACUAUCAAGGUGCCUGGCCACAACGACAUCCUAAAAAACCUGGUAUUGAUUGAUCUCCCAGGAACUGGAGACAUUGAUAUGAGCAGACGAGAGAUGUGGAAAAAGUGCCUGAGAGGGUGUUCCACUGUGUGGAUCAUUAGUGACAUCAAUCGAGCUGUUUCUGAUCAGAGUGCUUGGGAGAUUCUCACUGCCAGCACUGAAGACUUGAUACAUGGUGGUGAAUGCAACAACAUCGCCUACAUCUGCACAAAGACCGAUGCUUCCAUAGACCCAGAAGAAUACAUGAGUGACAACGAUUUGACAGAUGAAGACCUGGGAAUUACAGGAACACAGAGAGCAGACCAUGAGAAGAUGAAGACUCGUGGAUGCAUAUUGCAUAGAAAUGAACUGUCUAAGAAAGGAAUAAGACAUGCUUUUUUGAAACAUAAAGAGAUACAGGAUUAUUUCAGCGAUGAGAACUUUGAGGUUUUUACUGUCAGUUCGAAAGAAUUUCGGAAGGAAAACUUUCUAUCUGAAAAGCACACAGAAGUCCCAGAUCUAAUAGAACAACUAAGGAAACUCAAUGCCAACUUCCCUGAAAAGAGAGAAGAGGACUAUAUUAAGGAAGCUCUGGGGGUUCUGUCCUUGAUCCAGGGCUCAAACUGUGACAGCCACACCAAUGUUGAAUUUUCUAAGAUGAAAGACAAGGCAUGUUCAAGAGUGAAGAAGCAACUGGAAGACCAGCUGGAUAAGUUGAAUCAUUCACUGAAGGACAAGUACAAAUAUCUGGAUCGCCUUCUCUCUCAGGGGGCAAAGGAGGCUGAGCAGAAGUGUCUCCAAAUAGCUGAGAGUGAAGUGAUAAAUCCACACAUUGAAACAGCCCGGGGGUACCAUCGCACCUUGAGAGCUUUGUGUCACAAAGGAGGAGUGACAAAGUCAAAGUCCACUAAGAAAAUCACAGAUCUGAAUGGACGGCUGAUUUCACCAAUGCAUAAUCUGGUGAACAAGGCAUUUGAUGAUCUGUUUGAGAGGAGAAGCUCAAGAAAAUGUAAGUCUGUUGCAGGAAUACUUCAGGACUUCAACUUCACUAGCGGAAUUACUAAUGACUUCAGACCUCCUCUAACUCUGAUUUUGAAUUUUCUUGAGACUCAGCAAAACAAGCUAAAGACAACACUAGAAGAAGACAUCAAACAGAGGAAAAAGGAAAUCUACAACUGCCUCAAAGACACCAUAGAAUUAGAUAUGCGCCCAGUGUACAAAAAGGGGGAAUCUGAAACUGGAACAGGAGCCUUUAAAAGAAUGCAGGAGGUCCUGAGAAAAGGCAUUGAGGAGAACAAGACCUCCAUGUUCGACCAAGCCGCUAUGAAGUCACUGAAAAAUUUUGAUGGCAUGAUGGCUCAUAUUGACAAAACACUAAGGAAAUUAGCAGACACUGCUGAAGAUGCACUCAGCCCAAAGCACAGUGUGCCUCUCCCUGAUAUCACUGAGGAGGUGAACAGAAUGAAAAAGCUUCGCACUUCAAGGCGUGGACGUAUUUAAGACAUUACGUUUCCGAUGACAAAUACUCAUAUAUAGUUCAUCUUAUCUGUGUUAUGUGUUGUCAAGAACUGUGCAUCGGGAAAGAAAUUAAUCUAGUGAAUCUUGAGGCUUGAUUCGGGAAACCUGUUAAUCCAGACUAACAUUGAGAUAUUUUAAUGGUUUUUUUUUUGUGCUUUAAUGCUUUAACAUCUUUUUGACAUGAUUAUCUUCAAGUAGAACACUUCUAAGGGUUUCAUUGUUAUAUUUAAAAAGUGCUUCAUAUACUGUAUAUUAAUUUAGAUAUAUCUUACGACUUAUUUUCUGUAAUCAAUAAUAACACAGUAACACAUUCAUCUUCUCCCAACAGAAAGAAAUCCACCAUAAAUGCAGACGUAACAUAAAUACUAAAGUAAACGCAAAAUAUAAUGUAAUGCAUACAUUUUCAAAGUCACAAAUGUCUCCUUAAGUAAGAGGCAAAUGCUAAAGUAAGACACUAACACUACAAAUUACACAACAGGGACAAAUUGAUUCUACUGCAAAAAACAUGAACAUGAAUGCUAUUGUAACUCUGGGGUAGUAGUGUGCUAGUAGGUCUAACACCUAGGCUCUACUGUAGCGAUUAGAUGCUAAUACAGUAUAAUGUAUGAAUGCUACUGUGACGAUUAGAUGCUAAUGUAUUGUAUGAAUGCUACCAAAACUAGAUGUACCACAUAGCGGUACAAAAUAUGACCGCCGCUCAGUCCUGUACAUCCGUUCCACGAAAAUA